CUUUAGUUUACGGAAGUUUUUACAUUUUGCGGACAGCGGUUGUUAUAAUUUAUAUUUAGGGGUUUUUGUGAUUGAUGUGGAUGCUUUAAAUGUUUUAUUACUGCAGUUCAAGUCUGUAACAAGACAACGUUUAAAAAAAAUAUCCUCUGGCCCAGACGGGAACCGACUUUUGGCCUUUUUAAGCGACAAACCCGAGCUCUGUGUGAUGCUGUAGCUUUGUAACCGACAUGGCAAAGGUUCCUCCCCCAGGAUCAGUCGUAGUCGCAGACUGGCAUCGAUAUAAAGACAGUAAAGAGUAUUUCAGCAAAAUCCUCCACAAGAAGAGACGGAGAAACUUUGGCCUUUUGGAGUCUCCAGUGAUGCCUCCACAUGUAGCUGUGGACACAGUUCAUUAUAAGAUCUUCAUCUCUGGUAAGAGCGGAGUUGGGAAAACUGCUAUUGCUGCACGUCUUGCAGGCAUGAAUAUUCCCAGCAUGCACCAUGAAACCACAGGCAUUGAGACAACAGUGGUGUAUUGGCCAGUGAAGCUAAAAGAAAGCAGCAGAGUGCUUUUCUUCCGUUUUCAGCUGUGGGACUGUGGAGAGAACGCCUUACGCAGAUUUGACCAUUUGCUUCCAUCCUGCAAGGAGCAAGUGGAUGCGGUCCUCUUACUAUUCUCCUUCACAGACAGGACAUCAUUUGAUGAUCUGCCAAAUCAGCUCGCCAAAUGGUCCGAGCCAUCUGUCAGGCGUGUUGUGAAAAUUGUGGUUGGCACCAAAUUCGACCUUUUCAUGCACUGUGAUGUGGCAGAGAGAGAUAUAAGGGACUUCCAGGAGACAUGGGGUAUCCCGGUACUGCGUACAGGCGGGGAGGUCACAGACGGGCUGGGCGACGUAGCCUCGCUCCUCAACUGCCUUGCAGAAAACCUGUGGCAUCAGGACUGCGUUACAGCUGGCUCAGCCAGCCACCAUUCACAGGAGACAGUGACUCUGCUUUAAAAAUGAACAUUGUUUUAAACAGCCUGGACUGAACCAGAGAUGAGGGUGCUCACCUCUGAAUGGGGCUCAUGUUGAGAUGAUGAUACUACAUUACUUGGCUCCAAAUUAUGUAUUCUAAACCCCCCCCCCCCCAAAAAAAA